CUGGUGGGAGGAGAGAGAAGGCUGCUUCCGGUAUGACGCGCAUCCAGUCUUUGGGUCAUACAGGAACAGUGUCCGUGGAGCUGACAGGCAGGCAAAGUCCCAGACACAAGCUGCUGGAUACGCUUUAAUAACAUCUCUAGGGAGUCUUUCAGGUCUCGAUGUGAGAGCCCAUCCCCUACCAGCACGGGCAGCGGCCUGGCUUCAAUGGGCUCUGGAGCUCUGUCUGCUGGGCCCCCGGCCCCCCCUACGCCGCACAAGAAAAUGAAAAAGCGAAAGGAACUGAACGCGCUUAUUGGUCUGGCUGGUGACGGAGCGAGGAAGAAGGCAAAGAAGGGCAGCGGACAUAGACUCCUCCGGACUGAGCCGCCGGCCUCGGACUCGGAAACAGACACAGAGGAAGAAGACGAAUUCGGCUCGUUGGGAGAUAGACAUGGGCGCUUCGGAAGAGGAAGUCUUCUACAGUGUUGUAAGAUAUGCUACCCUCUCUGUGGCUUUGUUGUGUUGGCUGCAUGCGUUGUGACUUGUAUUGGCUUGGUCUGGAUGCAGGUUGUCCUUAAGGAAAACAUGGAUUCUCUUAAGGAAAAGUUCAGAGCAAUGGAAUCCAAUCAGAAGAGCUCUCUGGAAGAGCUUCCAAAGAUAAAUGAAGAUUUGAUUUCAAAGCAAAAAUAUCUGGAUGAUAUCAUGACUGGGGAGAAGGGGCUAAAUAAGCUGUGGUCUAAUAUUACGGAGACGAAUAAGCAGAUUGCACUGCUGACCUCUGCUGUAAACCAUCUGAAAGCAACUAUAAAAUCAGCUUCUGAGCUUAUUAAUCUUCCUAACACAAUGGCAGAACUGCAGAAGAGUGUUGCCACCUUGGGUAGCACAUUAACCAGUGUUCACAAUGAUGUAGAAACCAUGCAGACAGCCACUGAAGAGCAAAAGAAGAAAGUGGAAAUAUUACAAAAAGAUGUGCAGGAUGUCCUGUUCCUCCAGAACACUGUUGAUGACAUGAAUACCACUUUGCAACAGUAUCAAAGACAGAAUGACUAUAAAUUGUACAGUGUGGACACCAUAAUCUCUAAUUUAACCCAAAGAAUUGCUCUCUUUGAACAUGAACUGCAUCUUGCAAGCAAGAGAGAGAACAUGUCUCAGAGUUCAGUAAACAGUACAGCAUCCCCAUCAACUAUUGCAGAUCCUGCAAACAAAACAACUCAGGCAGAAUCCUCCCAGGGCCCUGGCAGUGGUCAUCCAUCUAUACUUCAGCAGAAGCUCCAGUUUAUUCAUGCGCUGACUAACCAGCCAGAAAGUGACAAGCAAACUUUGAAAGACCUGUCAGGUGGUGAGGCUGUACCAUCACAAACAACCCUAACAAAAAUGGCACCAAGAUCUGUCCAUAGGUCCGGGCAAACAUUACCAGGAAUUUCCACGGACAAAGAGCUUGAAGAUCUCUUCAGCAGGUCAGUGAAGGAUGCCAAAGGAAAGCUGUCUUACCAAGAAUUACAAAACCUGCUUGGCCCUGCUUUGCCAGCUCCUGGGUAUCUCAAGCAGUUUGAUACAGAUGGGGAUGAUCAAUAUUCCAUAGCAGAACUGAAAGCACUUUUGAGUGCGCAUCAGUGACAGCUCAACAGCAAAGAAUACACAGGCAGCACACAUGGCAUUUCUUUCCAUAUUCUUCCAAGUUGUCUCUUAUAAAGACUGCAGGAUUUCCAGCGUGAAGUGAUAUUGCUUGUUUCAUGUUGAUUUUAAGACAAUUUUAUAACCAGUUGUAAUGGAUGCAAAGACUUCUUGUGCUUUUAGAAUAUACAUACACAGUUGCAAUGCCCUUCCCAUUUUAAAUUUAGAUUCCUUAUUUUAUAGUUCCAAAAUCUUGCCUUAAAUUAGGAAACUGCACUUUACAGAGCAUAGAAGUAUUCCUUGAUGGGAGGACCUAAUUCAUAAAGAAUUCUAUGCACACAGAGCUGCCAAGAGCAAAAGCUGCAUUUGUAGGUUCAAGUAUGUGUGCCUUGGAAAACAACGAUGUGUGAAUGUGCAUACAGCUUAACUAUACGCUUCUGUUCUUUCCUAGGCAUAAGCUUUUAGGUCUUCAAGCAUGCUUUCUUAUUGGCAAUCACAUGGGCGUACCCACUGAAGUAUGAAUGUACAGCACUGAAGACAAUUACUCCAUAAUCUGUACAAUUUGCUCAGGAUACAGGGAGUCUGAACACAAUUUCACCCUCAAGCCUGACAAAUAACUGCAAUGAAUAAUGCAAUAUUUAAUAUUCCUUGUGAAUAAAAAGGCUUGUUUUUCAUACAGAAUAACAGUAUCAAGCCCACUGUCAGAAGGCAGCUAUAAUGAGCAGUGUGGCUAAUCUCACAUUUCCAGUCAUAUAUCAAGAUAUGGCUUACCAGCUGUAACUGUGUAGCAGAUGUAGCUCAGUAACUAAGCUAUAUCCAAUGUGAUCACAGUUGGUUAUGUUAUUUCAUUAUCUUCUGAGUUGAAAGGAAUACCUAUUCUGCAAUACAGGUAAUGCUCACAGAAAAAGACUGUCAUCAGAUUUUUCGUUCAUUUUUAAAUGCGAUGUAAAAUAUGAAAUUCUACCAGUCAGAACUGUAAAUGUCUUUAAUAAAUUAUUUGUAUAGUUGGAA